GACAAAAGGAAGGCAAGUCUACUCAGUUUUAAUGUAUAGCUAUACCUUUCAAGGGCCCACAUUGAUACCAGUGAUACAUUACUGAAGAGGUUACCCUACGGAAAUAAAUAUGAUUUGAUUUGAUUCAAUACUGUACCGCGACGGUAUAGUCGUACACGCGUAUACCGAGUGCCUAAAGCUGGCGCCGACAUUUCUUAACUCGUUGUAUCCAGUUUUUGUAUUUUAUAGUGUUUAAGUUAAGUAAAUUUCCCCCAGAUCCUCUUGUCUGAAAGCUAGGCAUUGGCAAUUUUUUAACAAGGUCAAUGACAAACUAACUAAGAGUGAAAUUUAAUAUACGGGCAAUUAAACAAAACUUCCUGUCUUGAACAGGCUCAUUUUCAAGUGAAUCGAUUCAUUCCAACACAAAAGCGGCUUUUACAAUUGAGAACUCAAGCAUGCAUGUCAAUUAGCAUGUCAAGGAACCUCAAACACUUUUACUGUUUAAUGACAAUAUAUACCAAUAGGGUUUGUAUAUAUAGGUUUAUAGCCUAAGAAAUAGGCGCCAUAUAUGAUUUCUAAACUGAUUAAACGAUGCUCCCAUUAAGCUUUGCACGCUUAGAAUUUAAGGUUUUUCAAAGGACAAACUUUUUUUGAAUUAGAUGUAUGACGAAGGCAUGCAUUAUUCCACUUUGAUAAUAGAGUGAUCAAAUACUAUAUAGCAUUGGUAAUAUUGGUGAUAUAAACACUCUGACAAAAAAGUAUAACUUGGAAAGAUUUUUAAAUUGAAUAUUUCUUUCUUUUAGUAAAAUUUAAUCUUCUCCCAAAGCUUAACCAUGGAAAGAAGUAACGGUAGAUCUACGUCAGAUGUGGUAGAGCUGCUACGAGAUAAAAAUUCUCAACUAAAAGAAAACAUUCAACAAAAGGAAAACGAAAAUGCGCAGCUAAAAAACGAUUUACAGACGUCAAAUGGUAUAAUCAGUCAAUUGGUGGAAAUUAUCCACAAUUUGGAGCUAAAAAAUGCCGAGUUGGUACUGGAGAAAAAAUGGUUGUUCAGCAGAAUCGAACAGUUAAAGUGUAAGGAAUGCAAUAAGAAUUGUGUACUUCGUACGAUGCUUUGGAUUUGCCAAACUGAGAAGCUGGGUCUGGGUGUGGACCUUUGUAUACGCCAGUUAGAAAAAAUAAUAAUUGCGCAUGCGGGCGCCAAAAUUGAAAAAGAUGAUUUAAAAUGUGAACAAUUGAUGGAAAUCUUAAGAAAAUGCGAAAUAGUUGCAAUCGCUGUAGAGUACAAGUAUCCUCCUGAAAUGAAUGCCAAGCUUCGAGUAAUAGAUGAAGCAUGGGACAGACUCAUGACAACGGAUGGUAGUGCGCGUGUAAUGAUACUUGGAAGGGUGAUCUCGGUGGCCAAUGAUGAGGGUCAUGCGGAAGUGUGUGAUUUGGACACGAGGGGUGAUGGGAGAGUAACAAUCCAUAACCCACAGAAAGAGGAGUGGGGACAUGGGAAUCAACAAAAUUUUAGAGAUUAUGUUAUCAAAGACGAAGGUCUUAUAUUAUAUACUGUCAACCUAGAGAAAUUAAAACUAAUAAUCAAAGAACAUGAGGAUAUUUUACAUCGGACCAAUCGAUCUGAUCAAACAUUGGCCAUCGCCUCAGGCGCAAUAGAUGGGGUUCAGUAAGCAUGCAAUCACUUUGUAAACGAUUCUGUUUCUCGCGUAAAUAAAAGUUUAAAUGACAAGAUCUGUGUGCUCAUUUAAAUAUUAA